GUUUUUUUUUUCUUUUUCCCCGCGCCGACCGACCAUACGGAACGGCGCACACGCGCGUGUGUGUGUGUGUGUCAGUGCUCCUCACAGACUCUCGGCUCGCGAUACAUUGUGCGAUCGUGAUGGAGCAAUUAUCGACGCACUCUCGUUGUAGAUCUGCAUCGUCGCGAUCAGCGAAAGUUCUUCGGCGGCUGAUGCGGAAAAUAGACAUAAGUUGCGCAAACGCGCGCGCGAAGGGUCACGGGCGGCACGUGAUAUAAAAAGAUUAGAUGCGGGAACAGUGGAGGAAGUUAGAGAAAUUUGUAUUUUCUCGACGAUGUAUCAUCGCGAAACGCAGGCACUUUUCGAUGUUGAGAACGCGUCAGGACACGCGAACAGGACGAGGAAGAGAUGGAAGAGAUGAGGCAUCCUCGACGUGCUACGGGAGAAAAGAGAGGCCGCGAAACAGCACGUGAAAUGGAAGCGCGAGUGUGAAACGCAACGGAUAACUCUCACGGAAGUCGUUUCUCAGGCUCGGUCUCCCACGUAUUUAUCAACUGAGAGCGCUAACGAUCGGAUAUCGUGACGCGGGCGCCAUGCGGGUGACGAAACUACGGCGCUCGUUCGCCCAUUCGCUACGCCGCGGUCGUACGUCCGUCCGUCCGUCCGUCCGUCUAUCCGUCCGUCCGUCCGUCCGUCCAUCCAUCCAUCCAUCCGUCCGUUCGCCACGGUUCCUUGAAAGCACAUACGUUUUUACAUGAUACACGUUGCGUGUUCGGCGACGGAGCAACUUUGUUCCUGGCUCGACGAGAGGAAAUCCACUUUCCGUCGUUGCUGAAACCUGUAUCAAUCGAAUGGAUAUGGAUCGCGGAGGCCUCCAGAAAGGGCAAGUGAGAAACAGCGAGAGAGAGGAAGGAAAAGAAAGAAAAAGAGAGAGAGAGAUUCUGGCGAAAAGCGGAACCAAAAUAACGGAACAAAGAGAGGCAUCGUAUGACGGACGCGUGACGUAGUUUAUUCAAUCAACGACAACCGCGGACUGUUUCUUCUGCCAUUUGAGGUACUAAUGGCCCCCGUAAUGCAAUCACGCUAUACUACGGUGCGCCAUAGUGCCGCGGAGACUUCCGGCCCGCCACAGGAAGCGAGACACACGUGUUCUCGGGCGUGUGUGUUCCCAUAAUACGAUCGCCGCGUUCCUCCCCUCCGCCGUCCCUUCCUCCCUUCCUCGUCCUUUUUCCCCGCCGGCUCCUACUCUACAAUGCGUUUUGCAUUCGACGGUCCUCUCUCGGGGGGGAAAAAAAAAAGGAGGAAAAAAACGAGCGCGCGCACCGUGUUCGCGUUCGCUCUCUCUCUCGUUCUCGCUCUCGCUCUCGCUCGUUGUUUGCUCGGCCGGCCGCUCGCAGCAACUGCACGAAGAAAAGUGAAACGGAACCAUGAGCAAGGAAAAACCGGCACUAGAAAGAUAACAUCGAUACGAGUACGCAAAUGGUCGGCCGUAUACUGGUGGAAAUGUUUCGUGCGGCUGCUAAUAAUGGGACAAAACUCGCUUUACCGGAAAUCAUGCACUGUAUACAGCCAAUUAUCGAAGAUACUGAUGCUCAAGUUCGGUCAGAUUUAGUGGAACAGCUUCCGCACGUGGCGAUGAUCUGCCACGAAGCGCCGCAGCUCUUCGGCCGAGGUGUUCUUCGCAAGCAUCUGCUCGAUAUUAUCAUAAAAUAUCUUCGGGACAUGGAUAAACAGGUGCGACUGGCGGCUCAAAACGCGCUGUUAACGCUGAUGAAACGGGGCCUCCUUCACAACAACACUAUCGAGAACGAAAUCUGUCCUGUAGUAGAAUUUUUGUCCUACUUGUCGGCGGACUUUCUGAGCACGAGCGUCUCCCUCAUGUGUAAACUGGCACCGCUGAUUGGUAAAGAACUCACAGAAAGGGUCUUUCUGGACAGAUACAUCGACAUGUGCGAAGAUGACGAUAUGUCGGUGCGAAGAAUCUGCGCCACUCACUUUGGGGAAAUGUGCGCCGUUGUGAGCAGGAAGGCACUAUUUCGAAAACUGUUCCCUACGUUCAUCCAUUUGUGCGGCGACCGAGUAUGGGGAGUGCGAAAAGCGUGCGUCGACGUGAUGAUGCCGGUCUCUUGUUGCUCGACGCUGGAACAUCGUCGGUUGUUUCUAGCAGAAAUAUUGACAAAACAUUUGAAGGACGAGUCCAAGUGGGUGCGAAUGUCUGCCUUUCAGAUACUCGGACCGUUCAUAUCGACUUUCGCCAAGCAGUUCACCGAAGUCUCUUACAAUCAGCACGGCGAGUUGGUAUAUACCAGUACGCAGGAUAAUUACUUUAGCGUACGUUAUCCGUACGAAGGCAUGUUCCCUAUGAAGAGCGUGAUGCGAAAUCAAACACCCGAUAUGGAUGAUAAUGCCAAAGGCGCUUCUUUUCACAUGUCUGUGAUAAAUACGAAAUCCCCCGUAGCGGAGUCCUGGGAAGGGAACGAACACCAGAAGAAUAAUGAUCCCACGAACCGACCACGCUGCGUUUAUUACACUGCGUUUAAGAACAAGAUGCAAAAGAGGCCUAUUCUAUCAACUCUGAGAGAGAAAGAUACGGACGAGACGGAGAAAUACAAUCCAUUUUUAUAUUAUUAUAUUCCUCCAGAGGCACCACUGGACGACGAAUUGAUUCAUGCCGCGAGGCAAUCGGCGAUGAAUCGUAAUAACGCCGAGAAAGUGGCAGCAGGAAAAGAGAAUGUCAUCGAUGAGAAUAGUUCUAGUUCUUCCGAAAGCACUUCAUCGAGCUCGAACAACGAGGAAGAGGAGGAAGAGGAAGAAGAGGAGGAGUUAAAUACGAAGGGUCAACCGAACGUGGAUAAGCUCGAUAAUCAUAAAGAAGAAGAUAACGACGAUUACUCGUCGACGCACGACGCGAACGAGUUGUUAGAGGACACACUCUACAUAUGCUGCACCAUGAACCAGAAGAGCAUCCCUUUUAGUUUCAAUAACAAGUUAGACACCAUAAAGAAGCAAGGCGAACACGACAUCGUGCCUCAAGAAUUGAUCAGGCAAUUCGUGUCGAUGGUUGACCCGGAGCAAUGCGCAGACAUGGGUGCCGAGAUACCACAUCAUUGUGCCUUUAGUUUUCCCGCGGUCACACUCACGCUAGGUAAAGAGAAGUGGUAUUGCUUGAAGAAAGCUUAUCAGUCGUUAUCGAGCGCGAAGCAAUGGAAGGUCCGGCGUACACUAGCAUCUAGCAUUCACGAGAUCGCUCUGAUCCUCGGCGAAGAACUCACUGCUACUGAUCUCGUCCCGAUCUACGAUGGCUUCAUCAAAGAUCUGGACGAAGUCAGGAUAGGUGUACUCAAACACCUCGCGACUUUCCUCAAGAUACUCAAGCCUACCGAUCGUUGCCAAUAUCUGCCAAGGUUAAGCGACUUCCUCGCCACUGACAACGAAUGGAACUGGAGGUUUAGGGAGGAACUGGCCACGCAGUUGCUCGAGGCUGUGACUCUAUUUAGCCCAAAAGAUGUGGCCAAAAGCAUCGCACCAUUAUCUCUUCAGUUACUCGUGGACAAGAUCGCCGCAGUUAGAACUGUCGCGCUUGACCUGGUCACUCGAAUCGUAUCCCACUUGUCCGUCGACGACGCUCUGGUAACGUCGCUUAUCCACGAGCUUCGUGACACCUUGGUUCCAAAUAGCAAAAAGUGGAUACGUCGGCAAACGUAUGCGAUCUUGUGCGCGCACCUAUUGCACAACGGUGCCGUCGCGGGAAGUAUGUUUACUAAAGAAAUGUUACCAAACUUGAUAGGUUUGUCAUUCGACAGGGUACCAAAUGUAAGAUUAGCCGUAGCGAGAACCUUAGCGAAUAAUGUGAGCACGAUGGGUCUAGACGGCUUAGGUGCGGAGCGAAUGGAAGAGGUGGAUAGAAUACUCAAAAAAAUGCGCCUUGAUGCCGAUCGGGAUGUGCGAGUGUUGGCCGGUGGUGAGGAACAAUUAGUGGAUACAGUAUCGCAAGACUGCGUUGUAGUACCGCAGGAUGAGGCGGAGAACAAGCAGCCGAGAAAUAUAUUAUCCUACAACGAAGUUGUUUACGUUCCACGAACGAGAAUGAGAAGGGAAAACGAACUUUUUGUAUCGCAAGAUGCGCCUCCGUUCUUCCACGCGAGUGACUAGUUUUGUAGCGAAAACCAAUAAGCCAAAAGUAUAUUCUAACUAGCUACGAACAUCAAGCUUCAGCCGCGAAUCGUUGUAUAAGUACCAAAUCAACCGGCGGGGGUAGUCCCGAUCGCAAGCGGGCCGGCGACGUAAAACAAAGCUCAAAUGUUAAAUAUAUCGUUCAUGAUUUUUAAGUAAACGAGAAUAAUAGGUACGAUAUGGUUUACAAUGUCUGUCACAUUUAAGUACUGAUAUGCAUUUGCGUCCUUUAAUCUAGGGAGAGAGACUGUGAAUAUCGAUGGUCGCAACGAUGCCAUGCGAUCACGUAAAUAGCGUGUAAAUGUGGAAACAUUUGUGUAUAUUAUGGUGACAGUAAGUAAAGUACGUACUUGCGUGUGCGUACGUGAAAGGAUAUGUGCGUUUUACCAUUGUGAUUAAUUUAUAUAUUGUAGCGCCGGUUUAUACGUUGGUGAGCCGAAUGAUGAAGAAUGAUCGAAGGUGCUGUAUCGACGCGGUUUCUCAUUCGUUUCAUUUUUACAAACGUUCAAAUAAUACGAGUUUUAGGCGCUAUUAUAUUAUUAUUAUUAUUAUAUUAUUUCGUAGCAUUUUUACUAUAUACUUAAUCGAGAAGAAGAAGAAAGAAAGAGAACCACGUCGUAUUCAACUGCAUUAAACAGAUUAAAUUAGACAUCGAGGUGCAUUUUGCUAAAUCAAGAGAAUCUAGAAAAUGUGCCAUGCAUUAAGGAUAUUUUAUACAUCGUUGAUGAAUAAACGCACGCGCGUCACGGAAUAAGCUACUUGUUGACAUUAUUCGCCUUCGACAUAAGAAACAAAAAAGAAAGAAAGAAAGAAACAGUAAAUGUAAUUUUCCACCCGAUAUCGAUGAUACGCUCGCACGCGUCGAGUCGUAAUGAUUUAACGUCAGUGCGUCAGCGUGCUUCACUAUGUUUUGCAUUUAUAAAAGCAGUCUUGAUAAUUGUAUGUUUAUUAGAUUAUACAUAUAUUCACCAAAUAAGAAAGAAAAAGACCCGCGUAUUGCGCUAUAUUCUUAAUCGUAUCGCUAAUUGAAGGCAUAUACGAUGCGAUAUAGCGGCACUUUAGCAAAAUGUAAUUAUACAAAUAUGACGUACUUGCGUUUAUCGAGCAUUUGGAUUAAACAAUCGCUGCCUACGGAGAACAUUGUUAUGUCGUCUGGCUUCAUAAAAAAAAUGGAGGUCACACACAUGUUACGCAUGUAAUACAUUUAGAUUCUUGCGUUAAUGCCUAAAUUAAUUGAUAGAUAAAAAAAUAGAUUAAACAGUCAAUUGAAAUUUUUACAAAAAUUUUUUUUUUAUGAACGAUAUUACAAUAAAUGAGUGUAGAAAGGAAAGAUCUAUAAUAGUGCAGGGUGCUUUAUAAAUAUUGUACGAUAUCAAAUUUUAUAAUACGCAGUAUGCCGUUUGAUAAGAAGAACGAAAUUGUGCGCCAUUUCAUCGAAGAGGAAAGUAAACGUGUAGACGCAAAUUGGAGCAAAUCGGAGUGGACCUCCACGAGUUAUACCGCGAGUUGCACAGAAAAUUACUUAGUUAUAUGAUAUUCGUUAACAUUUUGUAAUAUUAGUAAAGAACUGAAUCAUCGCAUUGCGUAUGUACGAUGAUUAAUACAAUUGAGCUGCGACAGACAUACUCUUUAAGCAACGAACGCUCUUGUUGUUUGUGAAUACUGGCGCAAAGAUGUUAACGGAAAUAUACUGUAUAAUAUAUUAUGUACUUGAUAAUGAAACGAAGAAUAUGCAACAAACGAUUUGUUAUACAUUUACGUAACACUCGUGUUUAAACGUGGACUAAGUGGAGAAAGUAAGUGAAGAUUCUCGAGCCUGUAAAAACCUCACUCGCAUGUUAUGUAAUAAAAACAUUUCAUACAA